CCGCCCCGCGGAGCGAGGCCCGCGACGAUGGCGGCCCCGGGGCGGGCGCGGAAGCUGGUCCGGCGGUACCGGCUGGCGGUGGCCACGGCCCUCGCCAUCCUCCUGCUCCAGGGGCUCGUCCUCUGGAGCUCCGCCGGCCUCGACGAGGAAGGGCCGGCCGAGGAGCGGCAGAAAAAAGCCAGGUUGCCCGAGAGCAGCGACGGCUCCAAGGACUCAGACAGCUCUGCCGGGCGCCGGGGCAGCGCCAGCCGGAGGCACGGGCGGUGGCGGGGCCGGCUGGAUGGCCCCGGGGUGCUGGUGUCCAAGGUGGUUCGAGCCGUGACGGCCAGACACAAACCGGGACGCCGGCUGCCGGCCGCGCCAGACUCCUCCAGCCGGAGGAACCUGACGGAGCUGCACGGGGAGGCCCAGCUGGCUGUCUUCCAGCAGGGUGACACGGGCAGCGUGGAGGGGGCUCCGCAGCCCACCGAGAACAGCUUCACCCCCAAGUGUGAAAUCACGGGCAAAGAUGCCCUCUCGGCGCUGGCCCGGGCCAGCAGCAAGCAGUGCCAACAGGAGAUUGCCAACGUGGUGUGUCUGCACCGGGCCGGCAGCCUCAUGCCCCAGGCUGUGCCUCGCCACUGCCAGCUCUCGGGCAAGGUCAGCCCCGUCAUCCAGUGGGAUGAGAGCCAGCUGCAGCAGCCCCCCCCCAGCAAGCCCGUGCGCAUCGCCUACAUGCUGGUUGUGCACGGCAGGGCCAUUCGCCAGCUGAAGCGGCUCAUCAAGGCUGUGUACCACCAGCAGCACUUCUUCUACAUCCACGUUGACAAGCGCUCCAACUACCUCCAUCGUGAGGCGGUGGAGCUGGCCCGACACUACCCCAACAUCCGUGUGACACCCUGGCGCAUGGUGACCAUCUGGGGAGGUGCCAGCCUGCUGAAGAUGUACCUUCGUAGCAUGAAGGACCUGCUGGAACUGGCUGAGUGGCCCUGGGACUUCUUCAUCAACCUGAGUGCCACUGACUACCCCACGAGGACCAAUGAGGAGUUGGUGAUGUUCCUUUCCAAAUACCGAGAUAAGAACUUCCUGAAGUCUCAUGGCCGAGACAAUGCCAGGUUUAUCAAGAAGCAGGGCCUGGACCGCCUGUUCCAUGAGUGUGACUCCCACAUGUGGCGGCUGGGCGAGCGCCACAUCCCCGAGGGCAUCGUGGUGGACGGCGGCUCCGACUGGUUCUCACUGACGCGCAGCUUCGUGGAGUACGUGGUCUACACUGAGGACCAGCUGGUGUCCCAGCUGCGCCAGUUCUACACCUACACACUCCUGCCAGCCGAGUCCUUCUUCCACACGGUGCUGGAGAACAGUCAUGCCUGCGAGACGCUGGUUGAUAACAACCUCCGAGUGACCAACUGGAACCGCAAGCUGGGCUGUAAGUGCCAAUAUAAGCACAUCGUUGACUGGUGCGGGUGCUCCCCAAACGACUUCAAACCCCAGGACUUCCUCCGGCUACAGCAACUCUCCAGGCCCACCUUCUUCGCCCGCAAGUUUGAGUCGACGGUGAAUCAGGAGGUGCUGGAGAUCCUGGACACACACCUCUAUGGCAGCUACCCCCCCAAUACCCCAGCCCUGAAGGCCUACUGGGAGAACGUCUAUGACCGUGUGGAUGGGCUCAGUGGCCUCAGUGAUGUCACCCUCACCUUCUACACAGCCUUCUCCAGGCUGGGGCUCCACAAAGCUGCAGCCGCGCCGGCAGCAAAGGCCAACAAGCUCUGCAGAUUUGAGCCCCAGGGCUUCCCAUCCAGUGUGCACUUAUAUUUCUAUGACGACCGUUUCCAGGGUUACCUGGUGAUGCAGGAAGUGCAGAAUUUGGCAACUGGACAAAGAGAGUCCCUGGAGGUGUGGAUGAUGCCCCAAGGAGCUCUGAAGCUGGCAGGUCAUGGAGGGCAGGCAAACCGCUUGCAGAACCUUGAGGUGGGCACGGAGUGGGAUCCCAAGGAAAGGCUCUUCCGCAAUUUUGGAGGCUUGAUUGGGCCUUUUGAUGAGCCGGUGGCCAUGCAGAAGUGGUCACGGGGCCCCAACCUGACAGCCACGGUGGUAUGGAUCGACCCCACCCACGUCAUCGCCACCUCCUACGACAUCUCGGUGGAUGCUGAGGCCGAGUUCACCCAGUACAAGCCCCCCCUCAACCGGCCCCUGCGCCCCGGUGUCUGGACCAUCCGCCUCCUCCAGUUCUGGGAGCCCCUGGGGGAGAACCAGUUCCUGGUGGUGCCCCAGACCUUCAACCGCAAGCAGCCUCUCAGGAAAGAUGACAGCAACUGGCUGCACGGCGGUCCCCCCCGCAAUGAGUACAUGGAGCAGAGCUUCCAGGGCCUGGGGGGAAUCCUCAACCUGCCCCGCUCCAAGGAAGCAGAGGAGGAGGCGGCGCGGAAGGCGCAGCUGACGGGCAAGGCGCUGGAGGACUGGGCGGACGCGGCCAUUGGCGCCUUCUGGGCUGUGGCGGAUGUCUGCGGCAACGGCCCUUCUGCCUGUGCCUCCCUGGAGACCUGCAGCAAAACCUCCUGGAGUUCCCUCUCCCCGGACCCCAAAUCAGAACUGGGGCCCGUCAAACCCGAUGGGCGGCUGAGGUAGCAGGAGCAGCCCCUUGGGAGCCAGGAGCGUCCUCCCUCACUGGUGUGAGGGGGGCUCCGGACCGCUGUGCGAUUCGUGCCGUAGUCACUCAAGGAAGAGAGAAUGGGAACCUCCAGGCAGGGGGAAAGGCUCCUGUGGGGUAUUUUGGGUGGAAGUGGAGGCCUGAGCUUGGUCUUGCCCAUGUACCCCAGGAACGGGCACUUCCUGGCUGAGAAGAAUGUGCCAGGGUGCCCAGGAAGAGCUGCUUGUUUGUCACUGCAGGUGUUGGAGCCUCAGGAAGAGUGAUGGAGGAAGGGAAGGCUGGUGACAGGCAGUCUGGACCAACCUAGCACCCUGCCCAGCCCUGGGCUGGAUCCGUGCAGGAUCAGGCCCAGUGUGGCUGGCUGCCCCCCAGGAGGGCUGGUGAGGGUCUCUAGGGACAGGCAGAAGCAGGGUGGUUUGAAGCCUGCUGUGUGCAGAGAGCAGCUGCUGGCCCAGGGCUUGCAUCUCAUCCCCUCCACCCUAGCCCUUUAGUUUGUAUUUUUAUAAAUAUAUAUAUAGAAAUAUAUAUGAUGCAAAGUGCAAUAGAGACAAGACCCCGUGUUUGGCGGGAAGUCCUUGUGUCUCCAUCUCCCCUCAAACUGUAACAUACCUUGUUCUCUUGGGUGUCCUGGUGCUACAGGACAGGGUGCUGGGUCGUUUACAUUUCCCCCCCCCAAUUAGCCAUACUUUGUUAUUGUUAUUAUUUUGCUGUUUCCCCAUUUACCACUGGAGAGCCUCCCCCUCCUGCCCCUCAGGCAGGGUCAGUUGUGGGGUGCUGCCUGCCCUCCAGGGCAGCUGCCCAACUGUGCCAAGUGUUUGGAGCUGCUGGUCUGUGCUGUGUGACAGGGAGAGGGGGCAGCACUGGGGUCACUGUUUGAGCCCACCCAGGUGCUGCAGACCCUGCCACCUCUGUCUCUGCUUCAGCAAAGGGACGCCCUAGUCCUCUGCCAAAAUGCCAUCCAUGGGGGCUCGUGUCCCUCAUCUGUGCUCAGAGAGCUGCCCUGUGCCACAGCCCCUGCAGCCUUUUCCUUUCUCCCGGGUUAGCAGAAGCUCUGGGGAUCUGCUGUGCUUCCCUGGCCAAAACACAAAGAAGCAAGGAUGUGGUUCAGUUGGCUCCAUCCACUCUUGGCUGUGUUCUGCUUCACUCCUCCUCCAGGGAAGCGAUACAGUGAACCAUCCCCUUCCACACCAUCCACCCAGGCUUGGGGACUGUCUGCAAUGUUCCUUUCUCCAAGACUGACACUGCAUAGAGAAAUCUGGGAUUGAUUUUCACCCUGAAAAGACACUUCACAUGUGCCAUCUGGGACUGCAGCAGGAACUUGCCUGAAGCCUGGGAAAGGAUAUUGCCCUUGUGGAGGGCUGGGGACAAUCUGGAGACCCUCUGGCCCAACCUCUCUGCUCAAGCAAGGUCAGCAGGAGCUGGUGUCUUGGGGCUUGGCCAGGUUUUGCUGUCUCCAAAGAUGCGUGCCAUCCUUCUCCUUCCUCCAAAGCCCAAGGGUUCCCUGCUUGCCCAGUCUCCCUGGUUUAAGGAUGCUGGUUGGUUGUAAAAUGGAUGGGAUGGAGACCUUGGUGCAUGAGGGCAUCCCACCUGACCCCUCGUGAGGUGCUCCGGGGCUUGGGAGGGGUGAAGAGAUGCUGUGCAGGGCCUGGCCCCACCACGCGGUGGGACAGCAAACCUCUGUGGUCAGAAGCAUUAUGUAAAGUUGUCUUAAAUAUGCAACAUGGCCCCAAAAUAUAUCUAUAUCUCUACGA